GCGCUCCGAGGCUAGAGGGAAGGAGAAGGGAUCAGGAGCUGGAGCUGAGGGGAGGGAGAGGCCGGACGGGGUCUGGCCGCUGCCGCUGCUCACCGGAGGACUCCAGGCCGGGCUGUGGCACUGUCCUCUGCUCCUGGGCACCGCCUGCGAGGCUCCGCUGAGCCAGCGUGGGAGAGCCGCGGGCGGCGGCCGCCGCAUCAUGUCAGCCAAGGACGAGCGUGCCAGGGAGAUCCUGAGGGGCUUCAAACUAAAUUGGAUGAAUCUUCGGGAUGCUGAGACAGGGAAGAUACUCUGGCAAGGAACAGAAGACCUGUCAGUCCCUGGAGUGGAGCAUGAAGCCCGUGUUCCCAAGAAAAUCCUCAAAUGCAAGGCAGUGUCUCGAGAAUUGAACUUCUCUUCAGCAGAGCAAAUGGAAAAAUUCCGCCUGGAACAAAAAGUUUACUUCAAAGGGCAAUGCCUAGAAGAAUGGUUCUUCGAGUUUGGCUUUGUGAUCCCUAACUCCACAAACACCUGGCAGUCCCUGAUAGAGGCAGCGCCUGAGUCCCAGAUGAUGCCAGCCAGCGUGCUAACUGGGAAUGUUAUCAUAGAGACAAAGUUUUUUGACGACGAUCUUCUUGUAAGCACAUCCAGAGUGAGACUUUUCUACGUUUGAGAGAAGAAUGUGUGUGCAUUUCAAGAAUUUGUUUUUUUAGGGGGAAGGAGGAAACUGUUUGCUUUUUUCCUCCAUAUAUUUGAUUUUUGACACUUCCACCCCGAAUUCCCUCUACGGCAAAACCCACCUGCAGCCACCAGGGGACCAGCGUGUAGGUAACCAGAUGGCCUUUUUCUCUCAAGCCGCCAUCGUCCACUGACCAGACUAAACUCCCAACCCCAGUCCAGGGCAGAGGGCAUGCCUCAACUCCUUCCUGGAGUAGACACAGGGACAAACACACCAUGAGCUAUUCUUGUCACCCUCCCUGCCUCCUUCUUGGGCCCUGCAGGCAACACUUCUCCCUUUGGCCCCUGGUUUUGGAAAAUUUCAUGUUCCUGACCCACAUUUAGUUUUUUCCUACCAUUUCUAUUUCAAACAUUUAACUUGUAAAAUAGACUGUGAUAUUAUUAUUACAUAAUGAAUUAAAACAUAUGAAUUAAAAUAUU